UUCCGGAUCAUCAGGGACGGGAAAAAACGUAAAAACUGAGAAAUAAGGAAGACGAACCUAAUGUGGAGUACACAGUACACAUACCAUCCAAGCCGAAAAAGAUGACACUAUGACUGAAACUUCACAUUCUGGGAUUCAAACUAAACAUUUCCUGUGACUAGGGAGUCCCUGAGAAGUUUGCACAUGGUCAUGUUGAAAUUUCUGAAAAAGAAAUUACAUGUAUAUGUAGAAGGCCAAAGCUUGGAAGUGAUUGGUCAAAGUUUUACCCAAUGAGAGUCAGAAUGAAGAAAUUGACAUUGGGAAAUUUUGUACUAGCAGUGUUCUUCUCCCUGGCUGCUCUCUCAGUCUACUCCAUGUGGAGCAUUCCUGCCAUUGAAUCAAGUAGAAAGCUAGUGGCAAGAAAAGAUUUCUUUAGGAAUAUAAAGAAAAUCACUAUUUCCCACCACAAUGAACAGCCCCCUGGAUCCGGACUUAAGCAGAUGGGAGAAAAAAAUUUCGAUUACAACAGAAAAGAGCGUCUGUACAACCUCCGUAAAAAAUGCCAGAGAGCAGACGAAGCCAAACUUGUGAAAAAGGACAUUCCUGCCAAGAAACUAGGUCACAUCAUAGUAAAUGACCAAUAUAAGGUUCUUUAUUGUUACAUCCCAAAGGUCGCUUGCACUAAUAUGAAGCGAGUGUUUUUGAUUCUGACGGGUAAGAUGAACAGCACGCACCCAUUAGCACUGAAAAGUAAAGAUGUUCACAUGGCGCUAGAUAAAUAUCUAACGUACCUGGAUUCUUACUCAGAGGAAGAAGUACAGGAGAAGUUGAAAACGUACAAGAAGCUGGUGUUUGUUAGGGAGCCAUUAGAAAGAUUACUGUCUGCGUAUCGGAACAAAUUCACCGAGAAGAGCCCAUAUUUCCAUAAGAGGUUUGGACGGAGGAUUAUUCGUAGAUUUCGAGAAGGAUCAAAUAAGACAGAAGAAAUUUUAGGCAAUGAUGUUACUUUCUUAGAAUUUGUCAAGUAUAUUACAGAUACAGACACUAUAGAUAGGGAAGGUUUUAAUGAACACUGGGCCCAAUAUGUUUCUCUGUGUCAACCCUGUUAUGUGCAAUAUGAUUUCAUUGGAAAAUACGAAACCAUUGACGAAGAUGUAAACUUUGUGUUAAAGGAUCUAAAAAUUGAUCAGCUGAUUAAAUUCCCAAAAAGAAAUGCCACGUACAAAAGAUCUAAAACCCAGGAUCAGCUGGAGUCCUAUUACAGAACGAUUCCAAAAGAUCUCCUGGAAAAGCUGUGGAAGAUUUACCACACGGAUUAUAGCCUCUUUGAUUAUCCUUACCCGGGGGUCCUAGAAAAGUUUCUGGCCCCGGAAGAUGAAGUUUAAGUGCCAAAGGUAGGAGUGACAGGAAAAUUCCACAAAGAUGCCAAUGCUGAAUUAUCCACCUUAUAUUAAUUUUUUUUUUUUUUUUAAAUUUUUUUACUGCUUUUUUGCUUUGAUUUUUCUAUGUGUACUUACUGGAAAGAUUUUUGAAUGGUGCAUUUUCUAUGGUUUAUUUUUUUUUUUUUUUUUAUGAUGAUCAUGAAGAGGUUUAUUUACUUUGAAAUCCAGUUGCUCAGACAAUUACUUAUGAACACUGUACCAUUUAAUGCUUUCUUUCAUGAAUACAGACUGGUUGGUAAUAUUUUACAGCAUGUAAUGCAUACAUCUACAAAAAGAUACAGUAUAUUACUUACCUCAAGUACAGAGAAAAGUAUUAGGUUAAUAUCUUGUGGCUUUUUAUUCCAUUUAGAAAAUGACAUUAAAUUAAUUGAUCAAUGGAUAGCAGAUUUUACAGUAUGACCUUUAAAUUUGUGUUUUGUGCAUGGUAGAAGUAGCUUGUAUUACAUUAAGGCCAGUUGACUUUGUUUUUAAUGUGUAUUGAAAUUAUUUGCUUAAACUCUGAUAAUCUGUAAUCAAAAGUUCAUUCAACAAAAUAUAUAUUUAUCCAAAGAAUAUGUAUUCUAUGAUUUUAUUGCAAUAUACUGUAGAAUUAUAUUGGCAAGUGAAAUUUUUUGCAUAAUUUUCACAACUAAUGAAAUAUUUUCGAAGAAAUUAAGAUAGUUAAAGAUGUACUUUUCUUUAAAGAGAGUAUGUACUUAAAAUUUUCCUGUAUUAAACAUGUGUAAAAUCAAAGUCUUUGUACAUAAUGUAGAAUCUCGGUCAUGUAAAAGCUUGCUACAUGUUUUAGUUCAACCAUGUAUGAACAAAGUUCCUUUUGAAGGUUGUCUAGUCAAAUGAAAAUUGUAAUCUGACAGAGAUGUUCAAUGAAUUUUUCAUUUAAUAUAUCACACUGUGACACAUUUUACACAUAUGAAAUUACAAUCUACAAAAUUAAGAUCAGAAGUUUUCUAAGUGUCAAUUUUUUUUUUAUGAAGUUUUCUUUUUUUUUUCCCCUCUGUGACUUGAUAGGUUGUAUAAAACAAAAAAGGCAUAUGGAACCUAAAGUUUAAAAGCAAGUCAUACGAUUCCGUCUUUUCCCAGAAAUGAGAAAAAAUUAAACUGUCUAAUGAAAAAAAAAAGAUCAUGUAGGGGCAAUUGGUUGAUUGGUCAGUCGGAGUACCUCAAACAAAACAUUUUUUAUUGUUGCCAACUUGGCCCUGAUUUGCCAGAUUAUGGCGAUCUGAAGAUCUAUCCAUUAUACACCUUACUGCUGUCUUUCCCAAUACUUCCUGUUUAAACCAUGACUUUUAUGCAAUAAUACUUAAUGGAAUUCAUGUGUACGUUAUGCAAUAUUUUGAUUCUUUAUAUUUUCUUUCAUUUGAAAGUAUGUACAAUAUUACAUAAUCCAUAUUUUGUGAGCUAUUUUUUGAUUGUUACUUGAAAUCCAUGACAAAAUAUUACAAUUUGAUUUUAAUUUUAUAAUUUUUCAAAGAAUUACACAUCCUGUAGUUAAUAACAUGUAAAAUGUUUAAAGAAUAUUUAAUACAUUAAGAUGUUGUACAUUUUUAAAUGCUUGAUACACAUCUUGAAGAUUUGCAAUUUUGAUAUACUUAUGUAAAAAACAAUGUUAUUAACAUCAGGCUUGCAUGUACAGUUGAACUUCAGUAUCUCGAACAGACAAACACAGAUAUCUUGAAUACAAUGGAUAUGUCAAAGUGAUUAGAAAGUCCCAAGCCCUUUUUACCCUCAAUAUCUCGAACCCACGUAUAUCUUGGGAGUUUUUUCUCAGUCCCAUGGAGUUUGAGAUAACAAGGUUUGACUGAAAUGACAUGAUAAAAAAUUACCUGAAUAGAUACCAAUAUGAUUUUGACAUUUUGAUUUCAUAAAUUUUUCAGGACAAUAUUGUAUUUUGAAGCUUAAUAUAUUAAAUAAUCCAAAUGAAUCAUUGACUUCUGCUCCCACCAGAAAGUUAUGUAUUUUAUUCUUUAAGUUUUUGAUACUUAAUUAUUGUCUUGUGUAUACUUACAAACUUUUGCAUGAGAGUCAAUUUAUUUCCAGUACUUAUUUUUCUUUUGUAUUCUCUUGAUUUUGACUACAAUAUAUACCUUCUUUAAUUUACUUUUGUUUACUUGUAAGAUCACAUUAUUUAUU